AUGAAUCGAUCCUCCGGAAAAUUUCGUGUGCUCAGAGACAGAGAGGUCCGCUCUGCUCCGGUCAAAGCUUCGCGCGAAAGUUUGGCGUUCAUUAUAUCGGGGGAAGCGCUCAGUCUUAAGGAACGAGGAGCAGGCUCGUUCCGUCCAUCUCGCUUCGCGGCGUCACAGAUCGUUCCCAGACCAAUAAUUCGCUUUCUCCAUCUUGCAGGAAAGAUGACGACUUCAGACUCUCCACCUCAUCAGGCCGCGUCGCUCACAUUUUCCAUCGAGCGCCUUAUUGGACCCAGUGCUCCAGCGCGACCGCUCUCGACACCUCAACAGAUGCUUAAUCCUCUUGUGGAUCCUCUGCAGAUUCCUUAUUUUCCUUUUUACCCUACGAUGCUGUUCAACCUCCAGGGGUCCAUGCUCAAUACCUACGUGCAGUCCACUGAAGACUACAGACCCUGGUACGAAGCCUCGAAAGCCACAACCGAAACCCCGGCCGUGACAUCGUCCGACACGAAGUCUCCCACGGCAGCCAGCACCUCGAACAAGAAGGAAAGCAACAAAACGUUUCCUUGUUCGGAAUGCGGGAAGGUGUUCAACGCGCACUAUAAUCUGACGCGACACAUGCCGGUGCAUACGGGAGCGCGGCCUUUCAUCUGCAAGGUCUGCGGCAAAGGUUUCAGGCAGGCGAGCACCCUGUGUCGGCAUAAAAUCAUCCACACAUCGGAGAAGCCGCACAAAUGCACCACAUGCGGCAAGGCAUUCAACCGCAGCUCGACUCUGAGCACGCACAUCCGAAUCCACGUAGGAUUCAAGCCGUGGGUGUGCGAAUACUGCGGCAAAGGUUUUCAUCAGAAAGGGAACUACAAGAAUCACAGAUUGACUCACACCGGCGAGAAGUCCUACAAGUGUCAUAUAUGCCAUAAGGCAUUCCACCAGAUCUACAAUCUCACUUUCCACAUGCAUACUCACAACGACACGAAGCCCUACACUUGCAAGGAGUGUGGCAAGGGAUUCUGUCGGAACUUCGAUCUCAAGAAACAUUUGCGGAAGAUCCACGACGUCCCCGAAAAUCAGCUCGGCUUCGACGAAGACAGCAAGCACGAUCUGAUGAACGUUGAGGACGACUCCGAUGAUGACGAUGAACCGAUCGUGGAUGUCUGA